UGAACAACCUGAAACAUAUUUGUUCUGUAACAAUGGCUGAUAGAGCAGAGGGAGACACACUUAUUUUCUUUGUAAAUGGCAAAAAGGUAACUGAACAGAAAGCAGACCCGGCAGUGAUGCUGUUGCCUUACCUGAGGAACAAAUUGCAGCUGACCGGAACAAAAUAUGGCUGUGGAGAGGGCGGCUGCGGGUCUUGCACUGUGAUGAUAUCAACUAUCCAUCCAGUCUCCAGGAAAAUCAUACAUUAUUCAGCAAAUGCCUGUCUGAUACCCAUAUGUGCUGUGCAUGGUAUGGCUAUCACAACAGUGGAGGGGAUUGGAAGCACAACCACAAGGUUACACCCUGUGCAGGAGAGGAUUGCUAAAGCCCAUGGCUCUCAGUGCGGGUUCUGCACACCUGGGAUUGUGAUGUCCAUGUAUUCCUUACUGAGGAACCACCCAGAGCCCACCAUGGAGCAGAUAUAUGAUACUCUGGGAGGAAACUUGUGCCGGUGUACUGGAUACAGAGCAAUAGCUGAUGGCUGCAGGACCUUCUGUAAGGAAACUAACUGUUGUCAACGUCAAAAGAAUGUGUGCAAUGACUAUCUUGAAGAUUGUCCUCAGGAAAACAAUGCAUCAAACCUCUUGUUUAACAAAGAUGAUUUUCUGCCUUUGGAUCCAUCCCAGGAAUUUAUAUUCCCACCUGAAUUAAUUUUGAUUGCUGAGAAACAACAACCAAAAACCUUGGUAUUUUAUGGACAGAACAUUAAAUGGAUUACACCUUUCAGCUUGGAUGAACUUUUACAAUUGAGAGCCCACUAUCCAAAGGCCCCAUUAGUGGUGGGAAAUACCAACAUUGGGAUAUCAGUAGGAGGAGCCUGCAGUCUCUCUGUGCUUAACGAUACAUUAAAGGAAGCCAUUUCCAAUAUCCCACUGGAAAAGACCAAAACAUUUUGUGCACUCCUCAAGCAGCUGAAAACGCUAGCAGGACGGCAGAUCCGGAACGUGGCUUCCUUAGGUGGUCAUUUAAUUAGCAAGCACUCAACCUCUGAUCUAAACCCAGUACUAGCAGCAAGCAACGCUACUCCUUAAUUUUCUGUCCAAAGUUUCUUUUUAUUGUCUCCAGGAGGAGUCCGGCAGAUCCCUUGCAAUGCUGCCUUCUUUGAAGGGACAGAAAAUGCAUCCUGUCUCCAGUCAGAUGAAGUCCUAUUGUCUGUGUUCAUUCCUUAUUCUCAAAAGUGGGAGUUCGUGUCAGUUUUCAGACAAGCACAGAGACAGGUUAAUUCUGCUUCUAUUGUUGUGGCCGGGAUGAGGGUCCUUUUCCAUAUGAAUACAGACAUUAUCAAGGACAUCAACUUGUUCUUUGGAGGCAUAGGAACAAGCACUGUGUGUGCAAAGAAAACAAGAGAUGUGAUCAUUGGAAGGCACUGGGACGAGGGGAUGCUGAGCGAAGCCUGCAGACUGGUCUUGGAAGAGGUUUCUCUCCCUCCCACAGCUCCUGAGGGAAAGGUGGAAUACAGGAGAACUUUGACUGUCAGUUUCCUUUUUAAAUUCUACCUCCAAGUCUCUGAAGGUCUUAAAUACAGUUCCUUGGAGCAAGAAACCUCAGAGCUAUGUGAAAGUGAUAACAACAUCCAGAGCAAGUCUUCAAAGUAUAUGCAGACAUACCAGAAAGUGACAAAUAAACAGCCACUUGAGGACACCAUUGGACGGCCCAUAAUGCACCAGACAGCCAUGAUGCAAGCUACUGGGGAGGCUGUAUACUGUGACGAUAUGACUUUCAUUGAUGGAGAGCUAUCACUGGCUAUAGUGACCAGUUCUCGGGCUCAUGCCAAGAUUGUAUCUCUGGACCUAGCAGAAGCAAUGGAUAUGCCUGGGGUUUUUGACAUUGUAACUGCAAAAGAUAUUCCUGAAACCAAUAACUUUAAAUUUCAUUACUGGCCAGAGCAGUUAUUUGCAGAAAAUAAGGUGAUUUGUGUUGGGCAAAUUAUCUGUGCUGUGAUGGCUGAUACUUAUGAUCAUGCGAAGAAAGCAGCAGAGAAAGUGAAAGUUGUAUAUGAAGAUGUAGAACCUGCAAUUAUCACUAUUAAGGAUGCCAUAAAACAAAAAUCCUUCUACAGUCCAGAAAUUAAAUUACACCAUGGGAAUGUUGAUGAAGGUUUUAAAACUGCUGAUCACAUCCUCCAAGGUGAAAUCUACAUAGGAGGACAAGAGCAUUUCUACUUAGAGACUCAAAGCAUGCAAGUUGUCCCUAGCAAAAACUGCAUGGAAAUGGAUAUUUAUGUGGCAUCACAGGAUCCAUCUUAUGUACAGGGACUUGUGGCAUCAACUUUGGGCAUGCCCUCUAAUAGGGUGAAGUGCCAUGUUAAGAGGAUCGGAGGUGCUUUCGGGGGCAAAAUCGUGAAGACCGCUUACCUUGCAGCAAUUACAGCUGUAGCAGCUAAGAAAACCAAGCGACCUGUUCGCUGCAUCUUGGAACGAAGUGACGAUAUGUUAAUAAAAGGCGGUCGGCAUCCCUACCUUGCGAUUUACAAAGUGGGAUUUAUGAAUGAUGGUAGAGUUGUUGCGGCUGAUCUCACGUAUUACAGCAAUGGCGGGUGCUCAGCGACCGAGUCCAUCUUUAUCAUGGAGAUUUCAGUGCUACAAGCAAAUAAUGCCUACAGUAUCCCAAAUUUAAGAUGCCAUGGGAUAGUUUGCAAGACAAAUCUGCCAGCCAACAUCUCCUUUCGUGGGUUUGGAUUUCCUCAGAGUGGGCUGAUAACAGAGACUUGGAUUGGAGAAGUUGCCACCAAAUGCAAGAUACCACCAGAAAAGAUUCGAGAGAUCAACAUGUACAGAAAUGUGAUUGUAACUCCUUACAAGCAGGAAUUUGACACAAGCAAUCUAAUAAGAUGCUGGAACGAAUGCCAAGAAAGAGCAUGUUACGAGGAAAGGAAGAAUGUGAUCACUGUGUACAACAAGCAGAAUUACUGGACCAAAAGAGGAAUUUCCUUAAUCCCGUUGAACUUUCCAGUUUCCUACAUAAUGGCUUAUCAGAAUCAGGCAGCCGCUUUAGUUCAUAUUUACGUAGAUGGAUCUGUGCUUGUAUCACAUGGCGGCACUGAGAUGGGCCAAGGCAUCCACACUAAGAUGCUGCAGAUUGCUAGCCGUGAACUGGGCAUUCCCCUCUCCCAUAUACACAUUUGUGAGACCAGCACUACCACUGUACCGAACACCAUUGCUACAGCUGCUACCGUUGGGACUGAUUCCAAUGGACAGGCAGUGAAGGAUGCUUGUCAAAAACUUCUGCAACGUCUUAAGCCCAUUAUCAACAGAAAUCCAGGAGGCACAUGGGAAAGCUGGAUCAAAGAAGCAUUUAAACAGAGAAUUAGUCUUUCGGCAACUGGAUUUUUCAGAGGUUACGAAACUAACAUGGACUGGGAGAAAGGUGAGGGUCACCCUUUCCAGUAUUGUGUAUUUGGAGCUGCUUGUGCAGAAGUGGAAGUGGACUGUUUAACUGGGGCACAUAAGAACAUUAGAGCAGACAUUGUCAUGGAUAUUGGCUGCAGUCUUAACCCAGCAUUAGACGUGGGUCAGAUUGAAGGAGGUUUUGUCCAGGGCAUUGGACUCUUCACAUCGGAGGAGCUGAAAUAUUCUCCAGGAGGUGAACUUUACACAAGGGGAUCUGAUCAGUACAAGAUCCCCUCAAUAUGUGAUAUCCCUCAAGAGUUCAAUGUGUCAUUGUUGGCUUCAUCCCAAGAAUCUUACACAAUAUAUUCAUCUAAGGGUGUAGGGGAACCAUCACUUUUCCUGGGAUGUUCUGUGUAUUUUGCUAUAAAGGAUGCACUGAUCUCUGCUCGAAGAGAGAGAGGACUCUCUGACUCUUUUACUUUAAACAGUCCUGCAACUCCAGAGAGGAUUAGGAUGGCAUGUGAUGACCAAUUCACUAAUAUGAUUCCAAAAGAAGAUCCUGAUUCUUUUGUUCCAUGGGCUGCAGAUGUGUAAAAAGAUUUUGACACAUACAAGAGAAAAGUUUGAAGAGUCAUUUUCAACUACUUAAACUAAUAAGAACACAUAUAUUAAAAAGGACCUUUUAUGAAUAAUCAGUGUGUGGAAAAUUACUGGAUUAAUUAAAUUAAUUUAGAAUUUUACUUUGAUAUGUACAAUUUUCAGUUUUGCACAAGUAAUUGGCGAAAUAAUCUUUUCUGUGAUUAUCAUAUUCUGUACAAAUACAACAUUUUGAAAUGCUCUAAAUAUUCACUUGCUCUAAUUACAAAUGUUCUAUACAGCAGUUGAAGAAGUAAAUAUGUUCCUGCGGUUUGUGUAUUGAGUUACUUAGGAUAGUUCCACUCACAAAAAGACUAUUUCAUUAUCUGUUCUAAAGCUUUUAAUAAAAAAUGCCUAUUUUGGGCCUUUCAAUCUGAAAAAAGGACAAAUAUAAUUCAGAAGUAAUUGUUACAUUUCAUAUUACUUCAAUAAACAUGUUUGCAAAGUA